AUGGCUCCCAUAUCCGCCGCUGACAUUCCCACCCUCAGCUUGCUAUACAAGCUCAAGAAGCUCAACGCGUCGCGCCUAGCGCCCGUCCAAGGGGCCACGCCCACCCACAACGACCGAAUCGGCCUCAUCCGUGGCGACAUCACAUCCCUCCAAGUAGGCGCCAUCGUCAAUGCUGCCAACAACAGCCUGCUGGGAGGAGGGGGCGUGGACGGCGCCAUCCACCGUGCCGCUGGCCCCAGCCUGCUAGCCGAGUGUCGCACCCUCAAUGGCUGUCAAACGGGCUCGUCUAAAAUCACUAGCGCUUACAGUUUGCCUUGCAAGAAAGUCAUCCAUACCGUUGGCCCCAUUUACGACGACAUCCGCCCCGACAACAGCGAACGCGCCCUGAAGGGGUGCUACACUUCGAGCUUGAACUUAGCUGUGAAGAAUGGCCUCAAGACCAUUGCUUUCAGUGGAAUCAGCACUGGCAUCUAUGGCUAUCCCAGCUUGGACGCCGCGAUGGUAGCUUGCGAGACAGUCAAGAAUUUCUUGGAUAGAGACAAGACUAUCGACAAGGUUGUCUUUGUGACGUUUGAGGAGAAGGAUGUUCGAGCCUAUAAUCAAGUCUUGCCUCGCUUCUUCCCGCCCAAUACAAAAACUUCGACCGAGCAAGAGAAAGCAGCAGAGGAGCAGAAGGCUGAAGCAGAGGCCAAAGUCGGCCAACUUCCCGACGUACCGACGACGGAUCCUGCGGAUGCCGACUACGUCCAAAAGAAGCAAAAGCAUGAAAAUAACAAAUGA